UUCUUUUUUUUUUUUUGUUUUUUUUACUUUGGAUUUUGAUUUUAGCUACAUUUGCUCUCACUCUCUUUUCCAUGGCUGACACUGGUGAGGUUCGAUUUUUUAAGCCUUUCAUCUCACAAAAGUCAUCUAAAUCAUUGGCAAUUCCCUUGGGAUUCGAGGAACACUUCCCUGCUCCAUUGCCAAUAACGGUGGACCUCCUAGACUACAAUGGGAGAUCUUGGACGGUUAGAGUGAAGAAAAGAGGAGAGAACGUGUUUCUUACACUUGGUUGGGAGAAUUUUGUAAAAGAUAACAAUCUCGAAGAUGGCAAGCAUUUGAACUUCAUCUAUGACCGCCAGAGGACCUUUUAUGUUAUCAUAUUUGGUCAUAACAUGUGUAGCGAAUUUAGAAGCUUCCCUCAAGUCGUGGUAGAGGUUGACGACUAUAAAAACGGUGAAGAAGUAGACGAAGAAGAACAAGAAAAUAAUCAGUAACUAAAAAUUGGGUCUACUCAUCCAUGGAGGGAGAAGCAACAAUGGUUGCUUUAAGUGAAAGUAGAAGUCAGUUUUUAUAUUGGAUUAAUGUAACCAGAUGUUUAUUUUAAAUAUCAUGAAUUGGUGAGUGAAGUAGAGUGUUAACAAGAGAGAACGAGAGAAAGCCUCUUGAAGACUCGGUCACGUGACAAGAGGGGUGUAUUUGUUACAGAAUAAAUAAUUGUUGGCUAAAUUGAAUAAA